CCCCUUACCGUAGCAAUUUCAGUGCUUUUCUUCAGUCAUGGCGACAGAACUCCAAGAUCGAGUAGCCAUUGUUACCGGAUCUUCUCGCGGAAUCGGUAAAACUAUUGCACUUCAAUUGGCCUCACUUGGUGCUAAACUCGUCAUCAACUAUUCCUCCAACUCCACUCAAGCAGACGACGUCGUAUCCCAGAUCAAUUCCACCUCCGCUUCCCCACGCGCCAUCGCCGUCAAAGCCAACGUCUCCGACCCAGAUCAAGUCAAAUCCCUCUUUGACGCUGCAGAAUCGGCUUUUCAAUCGCCGGUCAACAUCCUGGUCAACUCAGCCGGCGUACUCGACGGAAAAUACCCGUCGAUCUUAAACACAACUCUAGAGGAUUUCGACAGGACUUUCGAUGUGAACGCGCGUGGAGCUUUCGUGUGCUGCAAGGAAGGCGCUAAGAGAAUCAAACACGGCGGAGGAGGGAGGAUUAUAUGCUUAUCGACGUCGUUAGCAGCGGCGUUUAGACCUGGGUAUGGAGCGUACAUCGCUUCAAAGGCGGCUGUGGAAGCAAUGGUGAAGAUACUGGCGAAGGAACUCAAAGGGACAGGAAUAACGGCGAAUUGUGUGGCGCCGGGACCCAUAGCGACGGAAUUGUUUUACGAUGGGAAAACGGAGGCGAUGAUAAAGAAGGUGAUUGAUGAUUGUCCACAUGGAAGACUUGGCCUGCCGGAGGAUAUUGCGCCGGUGGUUGGUUUUUUGGCCGGCGAUGCUUCUGAAUGGGUUAAUGGACAGAUCAUUCGGGUCAAUGGCGGUUUCAUCUGAAUUUAUUUUAUUUGGCAAGAGUUUUGUUUAAAUCUGCAGUUUAGCUUGUCAUAUCUAUAUAUUUUUUUAAUUUGUUUGCCUUUGCGCAUUCCAAGUCUUUGAUGUGAAUCAAAUUAACAUUUUGUAUUGAUUCUUGUCUUGUUACAUUUGAAAUCACAUUUUUAAAUUCAAAA